AUGCCUCCAGGGGAUCGUGGACGGACUGACGGACGGUUCUUAAGUGUCCAGAAGAAUGCCAAGGACAAGGAUACGUUUACGCCAAAGGUGAUUUCGCUGCCAAAGGACUCGUACGAGGACAUGGUCCGGGUCCUGAAGCUUCCUUUUCGAGGCAUUGAGACGACGGCCGUGGUCGGGCCGUUCUUUUGGAGCUCGCUUGAUCAGGAUGACGAUGAUGCUCACUUGCAAAUCAUCCAUCGCAAAUCCGACGUCCGCAAAAAGGGCAGAACCCGCGGCUGGGAAAUGAUGCUUUCGCACUCGUUCAAAACACGCAUCACGACGGGAUACCUCAAGGGCACGCCGUCAUCAGACGUCGCCUCCGUGCUGCAACACCUCCGCGCGUGUUCCGCACAGGUCGGCCACCCGAUGCUGCUGCCCGUCAUCAUCCUCUCGUACGACUUAUCCGCCGCCAACGACCAAAAGCAGCGCGAUGCGAGGGAGUGGGUGCGGCGUCUGGAGAACGCCGUCUCGCUACGGAACGAAGUCGAAGAGCAUGAGCAGUACUUCCAGGACGGUCUGUUGGAGGUAGAUGGCCUGAAUCGCGAUCUCGUCGAAUGCCACGGCCACGUCAUGUGGAAGAGACCGCAGGCGUAUUGGGCCGUCAUCGAAGAGAUGGACAAGGCCAUGGGGCGGUACCGCGACAGGAUGGGCAUCGUGACAACGACAAAGUACGGUCUUGCCACCGGCGAAGCAGAGCGCCUCGAGGGCGCCAAGACGAAGCACUGCAAGGAAAUGCUCAAGCUGCAUCACAGCAUGAUGGCGCGGCUCGAGUUCUACAGGGUCAAGCUGAAGGGCUUGGAGAACUACAUCCACACCACGCUGGAGCGGCUCAAGGUCCAGCGGGAAGCGUUGUACAACAUCAUGUCGCAGCGCGAAGCGAGGCUGAAUCUCGAAAUCGCCGGAGAGCAGCGCCGCAUCGCCCACGCCAGCAAACGCGACAGCACGGCCAUGAAGACCAUCUCGCUCAUGGGAACGCUCUUCCUCCCCGGCACGUAUCUCGCGUCCGUGUUCAGCAUGACGUUUUUCAAUUUCCAGGAAACCGCCCAUCCCGUGUCCGUAAAUCUGUGGAUCUACUUUGCCGUCACGGUUCCCGUCACCGCCGCCAUCGUAGCGAUAUGGGUGUGGUUUGAUCGCCGUCGCGAGGCGCAGUAUGCCAGAGACGACGAAGACCUCGAGCUGACUAUCGACAAGAUGGAGAAGGAAAUCAUGUUUCAUUUGAGGAAGAGGACCAUGAGCAAGACCCAUACGUGGAAUUCGCUUAGUUCCCCGCCUCGCCCGUGA